GCGGAAAUCACUAAUCUCAAUUCGAGUGAAUAUCUAGUUCGCAAAUACCAUCAUAUUUGCGCGCAUGGAGACCUGAUCAACCCUGGCGGCUACUUACUUUUGAUUCAGCUUGGCUGCGUCCACCCCACGGCCUACGGAAUCAUGGAAAAGCGAAAGGGAAGAUCGCUCAAUGCGAUCUACAGUAAACCUCUCCCUCUCACGCUCUCGGUAGAUAAGUACGGCCAGCUCCCCCUAGUGACAGCGCAUAACCCGGUGUCCUGGUUAUAUCUUUUGUAUCGUGUUGCGAGCAUAUACUUCAGUACCCCGCCACAGUUUCUCGAGCCCAAACUUGGUGUGGAAGUAGUUGACGUUGGAGCCGAUGUUGUUUUCCAAGUCAGGAAUAAGCCAGACAUGGAGCGGCUUUGGCAACAAGGUUUUUUUGGGAAGGGAACCUUGUCAAGGUCAGAUCCUACGUGGGAACAGAGAACCGAGCGUAGACUAAAUAUAAAUGGCGCGGGGAACCGUCAUUUCACAAAAGAAGACGUCACAAAUGUCAGGAGAGAUGAUAGGAAAGCUUUCAAGGCACUUAGGAGCAAAUCUCAGGAGUUCGAGGUCAUGGAGCGUAAGCGGAAGUUAACGUCCGAAGAAGCGAGUGAAUGGGAAAAGGUGAAAGCAGAGAUGGAAAAGAUGAAAGCCACCAAUUCGUUUAAGGUCCCAUUUGGCCAAGGCCAUGAAGCACCAACGAGAAAGGAAGACUUGGGCCUCAUUGACCCAGAGACCAAGAUGCUUAAAGCAAACCUCGAGACUUUGCAGCUCCAGAAAAUCGAGCUUUUCUUCCUACAUUUUGCGUUGAACGUUGUCGAGGUCUCCAAGGACUCCAAGGCCAUUCUGUUGGACGAGGUCUUUGAUCUUUGCAUGAAUCGGAGAAUGGUGCCUGAAAACAAAUUUCUUCUCGACUAUGCUGUUUAUCACCAUUUCCGAAGCAUGGGCUGGUGCGUGCGCAGUGGAAUUAAGUUUGGCUGCGACAUGUUGCUCUACAAGAGAGGACCGCCAUUCAUGCAUGCCGAAUAUGCCAUUUUGGUGAUUCCCAACAAUGGAGAAGAAUGGACGACAUGGGAGGAUUUCAUGGCAGUAGCAAGGGUCGUGAGCGGAGUCAAGAAGACGUUGGUGCUUGUCUACGUGGACAUUCCUGCCCAGGCCGUGUUUGAUCACGUGAUGCAGAUGCUGGACGCCCCCGCCAAAUACAGGGCGUUGAUGCAGAAUUACCGGGUAACGGAGGUCAUCUACAAAAGGUGGUCUCCGGCACGAACCAGGGACUAGUGCUCUUGAUUCUGGGAGCCAGUGUCUCAUGAGUUUGGCGAAACCGUAUAUGCGUUGUGCAUCCAGACCAGCGGAAACAAGAGGUGCGAUGGCAGUUAUUACCCUUGUAUGCAAACGGGUACCUGGGGCACCAAUCCCCCGGCUGCAAACGUCCAAAGUUGGCAAGAAAUUGCGGGCUGCCUCCAGAAGUGCUAAGCCAUUGCCGAGCUCCACUCCAGUGACGACUCUUGCGUUUACUGGUUCAGGCAAGUGGCACACGUCUCGUCUAGUAUGAAGCGUGAGGACGUAUGUGUGCCUGUACACAAGGCGGAGCGCGACGCAUUUCUCGAUGCCUGGUGGAAAAACAGAUUAUAUAAAGCCCAUGAGUUUCCGCGCGAUUACACCUUUACUCUAUGCACACUGCUCCAGAGGACCCACUAUGGCAGAUAUCAACUCUCUCAUCAACCCGCCGGAGGAGACCAAAGAAAGCCUA